UAGCGCUGCAGUCGCAUGUGCAUCCAUGCGCGCUUUGCCGAAGUUCCUCGAUCAGUAGCGCAGUAGCGCAGGAGCAAGUAUAGGGUGGAGUUGGUGAGUGUCGAGUUUCUCUUAACAUCUCGCCUCGUCGUCUUAAAAGACGAGUGGCUGGUAACGCCAAAGAGGAUAUUUGUGUCGUGCUUCCGCGUAUACGUGCCCAAAAAAUGUAAUAUGGCGAUGGUCGCGUCGAACAUGAGCGGCCACAUACAGAAGCAGCUCACCAGAAGUCUUGAGCGAAUCCUGGAGGAAGCACACUUGAGCGGUGAACUGAAGCUUAGCGGUCGAAAACUUAAGGAUUUUCCAAAAGUCGGAAAACCGGGAUCCAGCAAAUACAAUCUUCAGGACACGGUCUUUGCCGAUCUCUCGAAGAAUCGUUUCGCCGAAUUACCGGAAGAGGUGACGGAAUUUCCCUUCCUCGAGAAGCUACACCUCUACCACAAUGCGAUAAGAAUAAUACCGGAAACCGUGGCGAUGCUUCAGUCACUCAACUACCUCGAUCUUAGUCGGAACCAAUUGACGUCUCUACCUCGGGAGAUAUGCAGGCUACCGUUGCAAACGUUACUCGUCGCUCACAAUAGGUUAGCGUCGUUGCCGGAUGAAUUGGGCAGAAUGUCGGCGCUGGCCGAGCUGGACGCAGGCUGCAACGAAAUCACGAAUCUGCCACCACGGAUGGGCGACCUCGCCAGGCUUAGGUCCCUGGACUUGAGGAGCAACAUGCUCGUGCACCUGCCUAUAGAACUGACGUACCUGAGACUCGUGAAGCUGGAUAUCAGCGGCAACCGUAUAUCCGUGCUUCCGAACGAGAUGAGGAAGAUGAAGAGUCUGGUCGACUUUCGGCUGUCCGACAAUCCUCUGACCUCGCCACCUGCCUCGUUAUGCAUUCGCGGGCGAACGCACAUCUUCAAAUACUUGGAGAGACAGGCGGCGAAACACGAGAGGGCGAGGGGGGGACGGGCGAGGAAAACGCCUCUGGAUGUGAGAGGUCACGCGACAUUGGACACGAGGGCCCAUAGACGGCACAACGUGGACAGCGGUUACAGCACCAGCGACGGUCUCGACAAACGUUGGUCCCAAGAAAUUCACAGCGCGGUGCACGACGGUGAGAUUCGGGGACUCUGGCGACAAGAAUGCUCGCCCCUUUCGAUUACCCUGCCACACGAGAACAGCGUGAACGGAUCCUGCAGCGGAACGUCGACGCCUAGCACCAUCUCACCUGGAGAACACGCGUCUCUCGAGGACGAGCUUGGAAAGGCGAUGAUACUGCACGAUCAGUUGGAAAAGAGGAGACUGGAGAGGAGCACCUCGGAGAACGGCGCCGACGUCAGAAGACCGAUGACCUCUGGCCUCUAUCACGCGUCAAUUACGCCACCCGGUCCUUUAGAAUCCGCUCACCUGAAUCAAACGUCAUCGAUAUCGACGAACACGCAAUCGGUACAACCCAUACAAACGUCCGCGGCGAAUUCUACUUCCUUGUUGAACGGGGAUGAAAAGAGGCCGCUGAAUCACAUUCAGACGUACAGAGAGUACAAAGAGGCGUUGAGGCAACAGAGGGCCAACGAAGGGCCCAGCGUGUACAGGCCUCGAGAACAGGUUACACCGCCAGGCAACGAAUCGCAGAACAACGAGACCGAUCCGCAGAUCAACAAGGACGCCGUCGGUCUGACCGGCAAGCAAAUCUUCAACGAAGAGAACGCGAACAAGAGACCGGUACAGAAAGUAACUCCCUCGCGUAUCAAUUAUCAAAACACGCCCAUCAUCAAUGGUAGUAAUAACGAGUACAACAACAAGAACGGCAAGUACUUGGAGCAGCCGUACAAGAAGCCCAGCUCGCCGAUCAAAACUUCCACCAGCAUUCUGUCGUCGAGUACCAGUCCCGGGCACGCGCCUAGACUAGUCAAGACUGCCGUCGGUUACGUGGAUGGUAACAAGAGCCCUAGUAAAAAUGGUGGGAGUCCAAAGUCACCCAGGUCGGUUACUUGGAACAGCAACGUGCCAGAGAAGUACUCGUUCACCAUGAGAAGAGAAUUCGAACGCGCCAAGGAGGAAGCUGAUUUAAUUGAACAGCUUCGAAACCAUAUAGAAACAAGGUUGAAGAUGGCUCUUCCGGAGGACCUCGCCCCCGCGUUAACUGACGGAGUCGUUUUGUGCCAUCUGGCGAAUCAUGUGAGACCUCGAUCGGUAGCAAGUAUCCACGUUCCUUCGCCAGCUGUUCCCAAGUUGACGAUGGCAAGAUGCAGGCGUAACGUGGACAACUUUCUCGAGGCGUGUCGAAAGAUUGGCGUCGAUGAGGAGGUGUUAAUGGACGCGGACGCAAUCAUGGACGUGGGUUACAUGGACGCGUACGGGCUGGAGGCUCUGGCGCGUCUCGUCUCCGCUCUCCUCCUUUUCCGUGACGAAGGAGAGAAAGAUAACGAAGAAUCGGCCCCAGGUUCAUCCAAUACGAUUCAGGAUCGCGUUUUGUCCGCGAUGCUUUUCGCCACAUUCCUAACGUCCCUCGUUCUACUCUAUCUAUUCCCCGUUCCCGAUUGAAAUGAGCGACCAAGACGAGAACGCACCAGAGUGCGAUACGAUGGGGACGAACGACGCUCGCAACAGAAAAAACACCAUCGAAGAUCAGAUAACCACGAUACACGAGGAUCGAUCAAAUAUGAAUUCAGAUACAUUUAUUACUACCCGUAGUGUCCAUUAACAUCUAUGCAUUUUACCAUUUAAUCGGCGAUUUAACGAGGGCGUAGAAAUUCCAUUUCUUGAAAAUUAUUUGAUCGAUCCUCCUACUCGAAGAGCACGUAUUCUCUCACCUUUGCCGAUUAGCGUUCGAUCACUGAUCGGUGAUGCUGGCCGAGUCGUCGAGUCGCUCGAUUGAAAAAUAGAAAACUGCGCGACGCUCUUCUCGCGCUCUCGUACGCCAUUUAGUACUUCUAGAGCGGCACGAUAUUUUUUACAAAGUUCCUUUUGUUUUUUCCUUUCUGAUCGCAUUCUGCUUUGUCGAGUGUCGCGCAGCGUCGUGCCAUUCGUGCUGAGAAUCAUCGUGUCGUUUUUGAGUAAAUCUUAAAAGACACGAUUUCAUUUUUAUUUAAGUAAUUCAGCAAGUCAUUCAGACGAGGCUUCUUUGAGCUAACGCAGUUUUGUUUAGACGUUUUUCUUUCCAGUAAAAUAUAUCGUUUCGUACCCUCGAUGAUCGUUCGCAUCGAGUUAACCGUUAUCAAAAGCAUCUGAAUAGUUCCUUUUCAUUUUUAUUCCUUCGUUGGAAAAAUGAAGAUACUUUGGAAUUUAUUUAACCCUUUGGAUAAGCGUUUCUUCGUAAGCUACAGAUGAGCUUUGCUUAUACACUCGCGUGCAUAGAUGGUUGCGUUUAAUUAAAAAAAUUACAGGGGAAGAAAAUGGUUCCUCAGAGAAAAAUCAUCUAUGCACGUUCAAUGAUUUGACUAGAACACGGCUGUAGCUUUAUAACAGGGUUGUUCGUUUCUCUGGCUCUAUAUUUAUAGCGCUUCUAGGUUUCUCUUUUCGCGCGGUAGCCCGAAAGAAACGCUUGAAAGCCAGCGAACAAAAGUAUUCGUAUAGUGUUUAAGAAGUAUCAGAAGGCAGCUUGGUCGUACAUUUUAGUCCGCUUAGUCCGUAGGAAUCGCUACGUAGUUUGUCAUGUAAGUUAAUCGAGCGUUUUCCGUUCUUUUUCCCUGUUUUUCUAUCGUAUUUAUCCGAGAACUCGAGGAAACUUAGCUCGCCUCGAGUUUCCGAUUGUUCUCGCGCGACGCAAGAGAACGCGAAAUCAAAUAGGCGUAAUCAAAGCACGCUCGCAUAUCAAAAAUCGAAUCGCCUUUGUAUUGUACGUACUUUGAAUCGUUCGUUCGAAUCGCUAAAUAGUUAUGAUCGGAGCGAAUCUGUCGAAGAAAUAGUAUUUUACUACCGCAAAUGGAUGGUGGUUGAAGUCGAGAGAGUUGGUGUCCAAUAUUCGUUCGAGAAAGUACACUGCCAUUAUCGUCGACUACUGUUUUUAAGUUCAACGAAAAUUUCUUAACAGGGAUACUAAUUCGACAGAGUAUAGGAUAUUCUUUUUCUGUUAAUUCAAUUUUGUUGUUUCGAAUUUUCUCGACUAGUAUUGAGGCAUCAUCUAGUGUCGUAGAUGGCGGAGUUCAAAACGAGAUAAAAACAAAAGGAGAAAAUGAAUCAUCGUGUAAUACCUCGGAUGGGUAGUAUUUUUUUAACGUUCGACCAAUGAAAAUCGCCUACGGCUCUUUCAGGAUUGAUGGGUCUGUGAUAGGUAGCCUUCGAGUACUUACAGGAUUCGCAAACAAGGUGCUAGAAAUCUCUUUCGUUUCAAAGAUUUCCUAUUUUGGUACGUAGCUAUCGAACACGCACAUUCGAACAUCAAAGAGAACCUCGAUUCGUAUACAAGUACCUAUAUGAAAUUUGUUUUUCCUGUUCUCACCAACAGUAUUGCGUGUCCCUUCCUGACGAAACUGCGGCAGACGAUCAAACGAAUUUUCUUUUUCCUUUUAUUUCUAUCUCACUUUCUAUAUCUCUCUAUUUCUUGUACAAGAUAAAUAAUAGUUUUCGUUAGGAGGGAACGAACACAUAAAACGAGAGCACUGAUACUUCACCGACCAAGCAAUUCGGUCGUAGCCUAAGAUAAUCUACAUAUUUUCGUAUAAUCGCGAUUCGAGAAGGAAACGCGUGUACUAUACCCGCGUUGUAUCGUUUAGAACUUAACUUAUUCUACGCAUGUAUAUUCGUACGAUUUAAGGAUCAUUGCCUACAUGAUAAGGAUUCGAGGAGGAACCGAUUUUCGCUUCCAAAUUUCGCUCCACAUUUAAACACGACAAACUUUAAGAUUCUUCCAUAAAUUCGUGGUAUUUUUCUCUUCUCUUCUCCGAAAGCGUGCACGAAUUUAUGGGACCGUCUAAUAUUUUCUCCAUGAUAGUUCGGACGGUGCCAAACACGUCGCACAUCGGAUCGUUCUUCUAGGAACAAUCGUUUAGAACGAAAAGAUGUAGCGAACGUGGUCAAAAUAUACAAUUUUCAGAAUUGAUUGAAAACGCACAAAGGAAUUUUCACGGGAUUCUAUCGCUAUCGGUUUACAAUAGUUGCAUAGAAAUUUUUCUUCUAUAUACAAUAUAACACAAUGUUGAUUCUUUUUAUAAAAAAGUUACUUUCACUCGUAACACAACCAACGAACAGAAAUGGCUAUACUCACGAGUACAAUAACGCGCAAAGAUUGAAAAGAAUGCAAGGUGAAUUUUCUCACUUCCAAGAACUUCAGUUCAUUAGAUUUCAUUGUUGCAUCGAUCCGCGGCGAAAGGUUGAUCAAUUUCUAGUCCUCGUAAGGUUUAAGAUCUUCUAGUCAACUGGAAUUGUUUUCUCUACCCUUAUUCUCCCCAUUAAUUUAUUACAACGCAUUUCGUGUACGACAGUGACUUAAUUUUUCGCUUCUCUGUAAUUACUCUUCCGUCUUGACGACGAUAAUUCGUUUGUCCUAUCAACAUCGUACCGUAAGUUUCUCUGACAAGUCUGAAAGACACUGAAACGUCGCGACGAUCGCGUCAGUAUUAUUUUCUAUUACGAUCGUGCAAGACGUCUGGUCUAAUUAACCCCUUGCCUUACGAUUUUCAAUACGUCUAAUUGGAAUCUUAAUGAAAACUUGGCUAUUCCAUAGGUUCAGUUUGAUUUGGGGCGAUAAUCUGGGACACGAUGUUAUAAGGCAACGGGUUCGUCGCAACCGUAAAGACUGUACUUUUGUUUUAUUAAUUUAUCUUCUUAUUCUAAUGUCUUCUUGUGCUCUGCCGCAGCGUUUUUUCUUAUUAUUUUAUCGGUUAUCUCUUCUAUAAUAAACUGCGUUUAUUUACACCUUGAUUGUCAAAGUGAAAAGGAACAUGUGUAGUCAGACACAUUGAAAUUCUAAUUCAUGGCAAUCAAUGUGUUAAAAGACGCAGGUAUGAAGAAACCGAACAUCAGAUCAUUCCGUUUUGUUUAGCUUAUGUAAUUGUAUAAUUUUUUUAACUAACAUGAAAAGAAAGAGAAAAAGCGUAUAUAUAUAUAUAGAUAGAUUAUAUUAUAUUAUAUAUAUUAUUAUAUUGUAUUAUAUCAUACUGUAUUGUAUGAACACAGAUAUAUAAUACGUUGAAGCUACAAUUUCUCUUUGGUAGUUUUCUUUGUUUUAUAUUUUUGUUUUGAAAAUUGUACGUAAGCUAAUUUAUCGCUAAAUUAAGAGCUUUAAAUCGAUAGCUUUUUUCGAAACUCGGUGCUUCAUUUUUAUCGUAUCUUGUUGUUUUCUAAGCUUAGAAAGAGAGAAACGCGUUUCGUUCAUCAGGUGUCGAAAGUCAAUCAUUUUGAAAAUUAAAAUUUUCAUUUUCUACGCCAUUUGAACGAUACUGCUGCUAUUAUCGAUUGCUUUAAACAUCGUACUUUGUAACAUCGACUGUACGACUAAUCUAGCGAUUGUAAUACUAUUUCCACUGAUAAUAAAAUAUUCUUUUGGUAAAAA